AUGGCGUCUAGACGAGGUGUUAUAGUGUUACUUCGUUCUUUGCAUCGUCGUCCAUAUUUUGUGUCACCAUCAUGCAGUAUUGCAUCUACGGGUCAUCUAUUUCACACAACUCGAUCAAUCGCUAAGCAGACAGCAGCUGAAACUUUUGAAUUUCAGGCAGAAACAAAGAAUUUGUUGGAUAUUGUUGCAAAAUCACUCUAUUCGGACCAAGAGGUUUUUAUCCGGGAAUUAAUAUCAAAUGCAAGCGAUGCUCUGGAGAAGAGGCGAUGCAAACAUUUGGAAACCAAUAAAGAUACAAAUAUUGCUUAUGAAAUUAAAAUAACCACGGAUGAAGAUGCACGGUUGAUUAUUUUCGAAGAUAAUGGGAUUGGAAUGGAUAAGGAAGAUUUAGUGAACUGCUUGGGUACCAUAGCUAAAUCAGGCUCAAAGAAAUUCAUAGAAGAGCAAUCUUCGCUGAACCGUGCAUCUACUGAAAGUAUUAUUGGACAGUUCGGCGUCGGUUUUUAUUCAGCAUUCAUGGUUGCAACUAAUGUUGUAGUGAAAACACGCAAAGAAGAUAGCGACAAAGGUUAUUUGUGGAAGUGGAAUGGAGGUGAUGCGUAUUCAGUGGAAGAAAUCGAUUCGUUACCUGUUGGUUCACGUAUUGAAGUUACCCUUCGUCCGGAUAAUGCAGCGGAAUUUGCAAAAAAAGAUAAGGUUGUGGAGGUAAUCAGCAAAUAUUCCUAUUUUAUCACUCUACCGAUCACGGUGAAUGGAGAACGGGUGAAUACCGUGGACGCAAUUUGGACAAUGAAUCCGAAGGAAGUAACUUCGGAAAUGCAUGAUACCUUUUUUCGACAACUCGCCAAAACACAUUUACCUCAUCUAGUAAAUGAUCGACCACAAUAUACUAUUCAUUAUAAGGCAGAUGCUCCGAUAAACAUCAGAUCUUUGCUGUAUGUUCCAUCUCACAAUGUGUCGCAACUUGAGUUUGCCAAUUCUGCCGAUCAGUCAGGAGUGUCUCUUUAUGCACGAAGAGUCCUUAUAAAGUCAAACGCCAAAGAUCUUUUACCGCGAUAUUUACGUUUUCUAGUUGGUGUAGUCGAUUCGGAAGAUAUUCCAUUGAAUUUAAGUCGUGAAAUGUUGCAGAUGGAUGCUGUUCUUGUGAAGUUGCGCCAAAUUUUAACCGACAAAGUGGUGUCAUAUUUUGUAAGUGAAAUGAAAAAAGAUCGAAUAAAAUACAAGGAAUUUUACAGUGGUUAUUCUUUAUAUUUUAAGGAGGGUAUUUGUACCGAAACUGACCAGAACAUUAAGGAACAGAUUGGUUCGCUGUUGUUGUUUGAGUCAUCAGCUCUCAAAGCUGGAACUUUAACUAGCUUAGAUGAAUAUGUAGACCGAAUGCAAAAGGAUCAGAAUGAAAUUUAUUACUUAUUUGCUCCGAGUCGUCAUCUUGCGGAACAUUCUCCCUACUAUGAAAUGUUCAAAUCAGCGAACAAGGAAGUUCUUUUUGCAUAUGAUGCUGCCGAUGAAGUUUGUUUACUGGCUAUGCAGCAGUUCCGUAUGAAGUCAGUUAAGUCAGCGGAAAAUUGGACUCGUGUUGAAACCGAUGGUGACACUCAGACUGCAACAAUAACAAUACGCGAUGCUGACAAGAAAGAAUUGCUUGAAUGGUUAAAAACUACUUUGGGAAGCAUGAAAGUCGAUGAAAUAAAGAGCUCGAAUAUAACAAGUGAACAUCCAUGUAUGAUCACAAUUGGUGCAGAAAUGGGUGCUGCUCGUCAUUUUCUUCGUGUUGGACAGGUGAAAGAUAUUGAGCAUUUGGCUUUCUUGAAGCCAACUCUUCAUAUUAACUUAAAUCAUCCAAUUAUCAGUGCACUAAUCAAGCUACAUAAAUCAGAACCGGCAUUAGCUGGUCUUGUCGCUGAACAGAUCUAUGACAAUGCAUUGAUAACUUGCGGAUUGUUGAAAGAUUCAUCAAAAAUGAUCGAUCGAGUUAAUCGACUGCUAAGCGAGCUGUUGAAGCCUAAGUCAUCGAUACUUACGCCUUGA